CUGCCUUCUCUCGGACUGUCAUAUGAAUUGGGUAGAUUUCAGACAGACAAACACUUACAGCAACGAUUACGCGGAUUGUUCGGCUCAAAUACCCACAAAAUUUAUGUGAACACUUCCGGCUCGGGGAAAACGAGAACUGUACUGGAGCAUUUGUGUUCCACAUGGGGCUUCUACUUCACCUGCGAUCCUGAUCCUCAUGUCGGUUCAAAAGACAUAGCCAGUGCCUUUUCGGACAUCAGGGAUGACAAAUUCAAACUAGAUUCUCCUCGAAAUGAUCAGUUCCGCAAAGCCCUUGAAAGCAAUCAAGAGCUUGCUGGUUCUGAGCUACUGGUUCCAUUAUUGGCUCGAUUGCUGGUUUUCCGGCAAUAUCUUUCCACCAUGGCACGUCUGGUUCCGAAGUCAGACCAUGACCAGAUGUCAUUCAAACGCAAAUGGUUGCACCUCCAGCUCCAUCCUGAUUUGCUAGAUGAGGGUGGUGGAGAAGACCUCUUUGCUAGCCUUACUUCGAGCCUUCAAUCUUUAUUCGCAGGAGAGACGGAGACAUUGCAUAUCUCGAAGAAAGUCCAAUUUUUUAGGACAUACUCAGAACUUGUUCUUGCCGAGAUUGAGCGGAUUCUAGGUCCGAAGAAUCCCCUACACAUUGUAAUCGAUGAAUGUCAGUUUUCGACAACUGACAUUGAGGAUUCUUUUCGAUCAACCGAUUGGACCGCGAAACGUGGUAUUCUUCGCGAAUUAGCCAGAUGGUGGGACAAAGUUCUCAAUCGUUCAAAGGAAAGGAAAAGGAAAAUAGUCGGACUUGCCGGAUGUUUUAUUUUCACUGGCACUGGGCUAUCCAGGGACCUCGUCUAUGAUGUGCUUUCCUCUGUCGUUGUGAAGCCGACGUACUGUGUCGACGUGUAUGACACGGGCGCUUUUGAUAAUCCAACGAGCCAAGUGCAAUACCUGAAAAGGUUUUUUCCACCGGAAGUAUGGUACACUGCAGAAGCCAAGCAUCUUCAACGUAGAGUCUUUUUCUGGCUGCGAGGAAGAUAUAGAUUCACCGCAGAAUUUGUAUCUUUAGUAUUGCAGUGUGGAUAUCAAAGCAUGCACGAGAUACUUAACCAGUACAUCAACAACAUGGCGGGGUUUUUACCUGCUGAU